UCCCUCUACGAUCGCUUCUCAUGAAACUGUACGCACUUGAAGUUGGUUGUAUUUGUUACGGCAAGCAAUAUUCGAAAGCCUACGAAUAUAAAUGAUCAUCGGACCCGUUGCGGCAUAACGUUCAUGGAUUUAGUUCGGUGAAGUUGACCACACAAGACCACUGUUGCACAGAAUGAACCGUUUGAUCGGGUGCGCGCUGCUGCUGUCCGCGGUUUCCAUCGCCCUCAUCCACGGUGGAACCGUACCGAGCGGUCCGGGCAGGAAGCUUAACAUUCCCGCCUUCAACAAUGCAGGCAAAACGGUUGGCCUGGAGGUUUGGCGCGUGGAGAACUUUCAACCCGUAGUCAUCCCGAAGGCCGAGCAUGGAAAGUUCUACACCGGUGAUUCGUACAUCGUGAUGAACACUAAGGAGGACAAGAAUAAGGUCAAAUCGCACGACAUCCACUUUUGGCUCGGCACGAAAACUACCCAGGAUGAGGCAGGGUCGGCCGCGAUCCUUUCCGUCCAGCUGGACGAUCUGCUGGGUGGCGUACCGGUGCAACACCGGGAAGUCGAGGGCACGGAAUCGGAUCUCUUCCUGGGCUACUUCAAGGGUGGUGUGCGAUACCUGGAGGGUGGCGUGGCCAGCGGUUUCAAGCACGUCACCACCAACGAUCCGGGCGCAAAGCGACUCUUCCACAUCAAGGGCUCGAAAAACAUCCGCGUGCGUCAGGUCGAGCUUGCGGUGUCGGCCAUGAACAAGGGUGACUGCUUCAUACUGGAUGCGGGUCGCGAGAUCUACGUGUACGUUGGACCGCAUGCAGGGCGCGUCGAGAAGCUGAAAGCUAUCAACUUCGCCAACGAUCUGCGCGAUCAGGACCAUGCCGGACGGUCGAAGGUACACAUUGUGGACGAGUUUUCCACCCUGACCGAUCAGGAGAACUUCUUCACGAUCCUGGGCUCCGGAUCGCCGUCCCUGGUGCCGGAUCAAUCGACAGCUGCGGCUGAUGCUGCGUUCGAGAAAACGGAUGCCGCACGCGUGCAGCUGUACCGUGUGACGGACGCGAAGGGCAAGCUUGCCGUGGAACCGAUCACCGAGCGACCGCUGAAGCAGGAAUUCCUCAAGCAGGAGGACUCCUUCAUUCUCGACACGGGCAGUGGUCUGUACGUGUGGAUCGGCAAGGGAGCUACUCAGCAAGAGAAGACCCAAGCUUUAGCGAAAGCGCAGGAGUUUAUCGGCUCGAAGAAGUAUCCGGCCUGGACUCCGGUCGAACGGUUGGUGCAGAAUGCUGAAACCGCUCCAUUCAAGCACUUCUUCCAGACCUGGCGCAUUGCUGGAUCGAACCAGUCGCGUUUGGUGUAAACUUUGCAUUCGAUGUUACGUAGCAGCUGAGAUUGUUUUAGAGCAAUAAAUGAGAUUAUGUAUAAAACAUUA